GGCAGCCACAACAACAUACUGAAGCGAUCCAGUCAGUCUCGCCCUCCGCCGCUCCGCUCCGCUCUCUCAGCAGCAGCAGCAGCAGCAUCACCGUCUCCGCCGGGUCCCGGUGGCAGCAGAGAGAGACAGAGAGGGAGGAGGAUGGUUCAGCAGCGGAGAAGCAGCCGGGGAUGCGAAUGACAGCGAUAUAAGAUAAUGAUGAUGGCCCUGGAUUUACGCAAGUUCCCCUAAUGAGCGACUAGUGACCAAGUGAGACGAAGGUGGCAGGAAAACACUGAACCAUGUUGCUCUAAGUUGUGACCUGUGGUGAACGGGGGAGGAGGAAGAGGAGGAGGAGGGAGGCGCAGGAAGGCAGGCCGGCAGGCAGACGGGCAUCUGCCACAGCUCCCUUUAGGCGGCCCUUUGCAAGCUUGAAGCCAUGGGCAACACAGCCACCAAGUUCCGCAAGGCCCUGGUGGGUGGUGAUGAAGCCCUGGCCUGGCAGCUGUAUGAGGGCAACCCUCAGUUCAGGGACGGCCUGGACCCGAACGCAUCGUACGGAGAGCAGUACCAGCACAACACGCCACUGCACUAUGUCUGCCGCCACGCCAUGACACGUCUGCUCAGGUCCUUCCUGUUCAGUAAAGAGGGGAACCCCAACAAGCGCAAUGUGCACAACGAGACAUGCCUCCACGUGCUGUGCCAAGGGCCGCAGAUCCUGCUGCUGCCGGAGGGAGCACUGUCGCCUCGACUGGCCCGACCCCAGAGGGACGAGCAGCGUCGCGCCGACUGCCUGCAGAUGAUCCUGAGCUGGACCGGGGCCAGACUGGAGGGGGGCCAGUACGAGAAGGCCAAUGUCAACGCCACCGACAAUCACCACAGCACCUGUCUGCACUACGCUGCCGCCGCAGGCAUGAAGAGCUGUGUGGAGCUGCUAAUCCAGAGCGAUGCAGACCUCUUUGUGGAGGAUGAGGACAAGUUGACGCCGUGCGACCAUGCCGAGCGGCAUCACCACACCGAGCUGGCCCUCAGCCUGGAGUCACAGAUGGUUUUCUCCUCCUCUUCAGCUCAGCAGUCAAACACAGACGCACAUGGUGAAACCAACCUGCUGCAAUACAAGGAGCCUUAUGAGGGACUGAAGCUUCAGGACCUGCGCAGGCUGAAGGACAUGCUGAUCGUAGAGACUGCGGACAUGCUGCAAGCCCCCCUCUUCACUGCUGAGGCCCUGCUCCGAGCACAUGACUGGGACAGAGAAAAGCUUCUCGAAGCCUGGAUGUCAGACGCUGAGGGCUGCUGCCAGCGCUCAGGCGUGACCAUGCCCACCCCACCACCCAGCGGGUACAAUGCCUGGGACACCCUACCCUCACCUCGCACCCCAAGGACCCCGCGCUCACCCCUCACACUCACCCUCACCUCCCCGACCGACAGCUGCCUCACACCUGGAGAGGAGGGCCUGGCUUCGUGUGGAAUCUGUCUCUGCUCUAUCUCAGUGUUUGAGGAUCCAGUCGAUAUGUCCUGUGGACACGAGUUCUGCAGAGCAUGCUGGGAAGGGUUCCUCAAUGUAAAGAUUCAGGAGGGUGACGCUCACAAUAUCUUCUGCCCCGCCUAUGAGUGCUACCAGCUGGUGCCGGUUCAUGUGAUAGAAAGUGUAGUUUCCAGGGAGAUGGACCAGCGUUAUCUACAGUUUGACAUCAAGGCAUUUGUGGAGAACAAUCCUGCCAUCAGAUGGUGUCCUGCAGCACGUUGUGAGCGGGCGGUGCGGCUCACCAGACCGGGCCCUGGGGACAGUGACCCGCACAGUUUCCCCCUGCUGCCCUCCCCGGCCGUCGAUUGUGGCAAGGGUCACCUCUUCUGCUGGGAGUGCCUUGGUGAGGCCCAUGAGCCAUGUGACUGUCAGAUGUGGAGGAACUGGCUCCAGAAAGUCACCGAGAUGAAGCCUGAGGAGUUGGCAGGUGUGGGUGAGGCCUAUGAGGAUGCUGCUAACUGCCUGUGGCUGUUGACCAACUCAAAACCGUGUGCCAACUGCAAGUCUCCCAUUCAGAAGAAUGAGGGCUGCAACCACAUGCAGUGUGCCAAGUGCAAGUAUGACUUCUGUUGGAUCUGUCUGGAGGAGUGGAAGAAACACAGCUCAUCAACAGGAGGCUACUAUCGCUGUACUCGCUAUGAGGUCAUCCAACAGCUAGAGGAGCAGUCCAAGGAGAUGACUGUGGAGGCGGAAAAGAAGCACAAAAGUUUUCAGGAGCUGGAUCGUUUCAUGCACUAUUAUACUCGCUUCAAGAACCAUGAACACAGUUAUAAGUUGGAGCAGAAAUUACUAAAAACAGCUAAAGAGAAGAUGGAGCAGCUGAGCAGAGCCUUCAUUUGUCGUGAAGGCACCCCUCCAGACACGCGGUUCAUUGAGGACGGUGUGUGUGAGCUUCUGAAGACGCGACGCGUCCUGAAGUGCUCUUACCCAUACGGCUUCUUCCUGCUGCAAGGCAGCACCCAGAAAGAGAUAUUUGAGCUCAUGCAGACGGAUCUGGAGAUGGUUGUGGAGGAUCUGGCCCAGAAGGUCAACCGGCCGUACCUGAGGACUCCCUGUCACAAGAUAAUCAGUGCAGCCCGUCUGGUGCAGCAGAAGAGGCAAGAAUUCCUGGCGUCAGUAGCCCGAGGCGUCGCUCCCAACGAUUCUCCUGAUCCUCCCCGCAGGAACUACCCUGGAGGAUCGUGGGACUGGGAGUACCUUGGCUUUGCCUCCCCUGAGAUGGGGAGUCGUCACUCUGUGCUGGGGCCAGGAGAGCAAAGGGAGAGGCAGUCACAGGAUUAUGCUGACAUCCAGUACCGUCGCAGACACAGACCACGGCGCAGAGGAGACAUGCUGAGUCUGCACAACCUCAGAAGCAGCAGCAACACACCAGAGACCAGCAGGAGAAGUGACAACAUAGAAGGUCCAGAGAGAAAUGAGGGCCGCAGAAGAGCACUGGGCUCGCUGGAUGAAGACGAUCCAAACAUCCUGCUGGCCAUCCAGCUAUCCCUUCAGGAGUCCCGCAGAGAGCGAGGCCUGGAGGGAGGCCUGGAGGGAGGGAUGGAGGGCAGAGUGGAGUUGGAUCGUGGACUGGACAGAGGACAGGAGAGGAGGCCGGGUCCUUCAGGGGACCUGGGUGACAUUGCGUUGCACUCUCUCAACACAGACGGUCCUCCGGGAGCCAGGGGCUCCUGCUUCCCCGCUUCUCUCCUGGAUCCCCCUCGCCCCCCUAACAGGACAGACUCCACCUCCCAGCCUCCCAUGUCAAACUCCCUCCCCCUCCCUCCACCACCUCCCUCCCUCAGUGCAGAGCUGCUGGAGCUGGGAGACAGCCUUAUGAAACUGGGGAACAUAACCACUCCUUAUGACCUAGACACACACACGCAGGAGCAGCUCUGCUCUCACCACACAUACAACCACAUUACACUCACUGCUCCCUACGCCAUUGAACCUGCUUACAGCGACUGCAGCCAUAGACCAGACCAGAAUGCACUGACCACUCCAUACGUGCUUGACCAUAUUGCCAUUACAGAUCCCAGUUACUGCCACUCCGGUGGUUAUUUGGCUGAGGCCGAACACACUGCCUCCUGUGCACUUGAACGCACCCAAAACCCUGGCCAUUCUAGUUCAUGUAACCGGGAACACGCAGUCAACCCAAAACCAGACGGCUCCUACAACCCCUGCCCCGAACACAGUAGCUCUUACACUCAGGAGCGUCCUGCUGCCUACGCUCUCGAACGCCCAUCCAAAUCAGACCUCCAGCCCCCUGCCCAGUUGUGCCUCCCGUCUCCAGAGCUUGAGCCGGAGCUGCUGCUUUCACCGGUGAUCCCCCCGGGGGGCCCUUUCACCCCCAGCGACCCUCAGAGUCUAGAGCCCCUGGACCCCACAGCCAGUGCCCAGCUGCUGGACAACAUCAUGGCCUGGUUUAACAACAACAUCAACCCCCAGAACAACCCCCAGAGCCUGGCCCUCAUUCCCUCCCCGCCCACCACAGAAACUGACUCCUCCCCGGACACACACACUGAGACUGAGUCCGAGAGCCAGACCUCCAGGGACGUGACCCCCGCCCCUACCUGGCAGCCCCUGGAGGGCGAGCCAGAAGCAGACAGAGGGUCGGCGAGUCCCCGUCUAGGUGCUGCGGGCGCGGAGGCCCAGAAGACGUCGAGGCCCAGCACUCUGGAUCUGGAAACCAGAGAGGCUGGCGAGGAGGGUGUGGACGCAGGGUGUGUGGCUGACCUGUCGCUGGACGAAGCGCACACACACCCGUGCUCACACUCCCAAUGUGGAAACAGUCCCACACACACUGCCCUGGCCACAGAGAGAGACUUAGACCUCAUCCUUCAGUUGGAGGGGGACCAAUCACCUGAGGAGUGGGAGGAACAAGUACACCUGGUGUGACAGCGACAUGCGGAGAGAGAGAAGGUUUUAAGUGCAGGAAGAGAGCGAGAGAUGAAAGAGGAAAGAAAAUCAAAGACUGGGAAAGCUAGAAAGGAAAAAUACAAGAUAUAACGGCGAUGCCUCAAUGAAAGAUGUAGGUCUUUGAAGUGUUUACUGUAUGUAUUAUACUGUAUCUAGAGAGGACAUAAAACCCUGCGGACUUUGUCCAGUUAAGAUGAUGUCAUACGCAGUUAGAUUUUUUUUUAAGUGCUUUUGUCUUUAAAAACAAGACAAACUAUUCUUUGAAACAAAAAAAGCAAAGUACAUCAAUGGAAAGCUACUGAUAUCAUAACACAUAAAAUGCUGCACAUGUUUUUUGUUUUUUUAUUUAUUCCCUGUAUUUGUCUUCUCAGUUUGUUCAGGGUGAAGUUUUGGUGCUGAUCAUGCUGAAAUCCAAACUUGCCUCACUUUUUAUUAACACACCGACCCAACCACGAGCCUCCUGGAGCCAAAUAUGAUGAUGAUAACUGUAACCAUGGAGCUUGUUUAGCGUACUGUACAAUCAGAGGGCCUAAUUCUGAUUUUUGGACCUUCAUGCACACUGUGCCUGCUUUGUUAGAGAGCCAACACACUACUGAUGUUAACUUUUGGUAGGCUGCAAAGAUUGACGAUAGACAUGUCUGCUCAGUAAACGUCACGCUAGUACAACGUGCUUAUCUGGAUUUUGUGAGUAAUAAUUUGUUUGUAAUACUCCAAUGAGUGAUCACAGAAGAGAUAUUGUCCUCAGCUAAGAGUGUGUAGGAAUUCAGAGUCUUGCUCAAAGGGGGGAAUUGAACCCCCUAUUUUUCCUGCUCACUGCACCAUCCUGCUACCCACUCCAUAAAAUUCUCUGUCUUUAUCGGAGAUGAUCUUUCAUUCAAGUGUCAAACAUGUUGCUGUAUUUUACACCUGCUUUGGCUCAGUUUUUACAACAAAGUGUCAAAAACUCUUUAACACAAAAUGCUAUAAUAAUCAUUUUGGCCUUUUUAUGAAACAUUAUGAAAAGCAUCUUUCUUACAUUAGGUAUCACAGCAUCAUAAUAUUGUGUAUCACUGAAUUUUAAUCAAAUAAUUAACAGAAAUUCAGUGGAUAAAACUAGAUCCAGUCAUGUUUGACAGAAUAAAAAUAAAAAUAAGAUAUGCUGUGUUACUUUAAAUAUAGAUAACUAUGUCUAGGGUCUGACUUUACACUACAGUCAAUGUUAUAUUCUUACAUUUUUACCUUUUUGUGUUAAAAGGUAAGAAUUUAUCAAGUCAGUUUGUCUCUUUUUACUUUGAAAACUGAGCCAAAAGCAAUCAGACAAUGCUGUCAUUUAGUUUGUUUCUAUCAUAUCUAUUUCUCUGCUGAUGGCUAGUACAGUGUGCUGUUGAUAGACAAGAGAUGGGUUGGGUUUUUACUGUAAUUUAUCCUUUUUUUUAAUUUCUUUUUUCCUUAUUAUGGAGAUGGUUUUUUUCCCAGUUGAGACCAGAGUUGUUGGGUCUGUGUGCCUUUUUGUUUAAAUCGUAUUUGUUUAUUUGUUGGUAUUUAUUAGUGUCAUUACUUUUUAAAACAUGCGAAACAAAAUUGCUAAUGAAAGAUAAUGGAGAACACACCACUACACUGAUGCACAUUAGUAUUGUUUGUCCUCACGCCCCAGGUUUAUCUCAUUUUACCUUUUAUCCCCCCAGAGAAAAACUGCUUUGAGGCUAUGUGAAAGAAAUUAUUUAUUCACUAUAAUUAACAAUCGUUUUUAUCUUAAAUUUGUUCAAAUGUUGCCUUUGAUUUUUCUUGAAAUGCGAUGUAGCACUCUGAAUCCUGAUUUGUCACGCAGCCUUUCUCCUUUAACGUUAUUGCCCAACUGUAAUGUUUACAAGAGAAUCAAACACUGCCUGUUGUGUUGAGAUAUGAUCUGGUGCUUUUGGGACUGAAAUGAUAAUAAUGGAGUGUUUUUAAUCAUACUUUCAUGGCAGGCCAAACUAAUUGUUGAAAAAUUUCUCCCUGUACUUCACAAAAGGUGCCAGUUAUACAGAAUGUGAUAUGCAAUCAAAAAUGCAUCACUUAUAAUUGAUAGUUUGAGUUUUAAGCUUGUUUAAAGUGUGAGGUCUGGUUUAGCUCCGCUGAAGUGACAAACCCCCUAAAAUACCACCUUUCCUCUCCGUAUUGAACAUUAAACUGUGAAGGUGCCGAUGAAGACAUUUCAUAAAGCCUGCUGAGAUGUGAGGGCAGCUGGUGUCGCCCGUAACAUUUCAGACAUUGUUUCCUGAGGAAUGGUUUACUUAACACUUAUUUUAGGUUGCAUGGUUGCAACAGGAUACGCAAUGGAAGAAUCCGGGGUCUUUUAAUUUGCACAAGCAUGCUGUUAAUGUGUUGCACUAAUCCAGUGCUGUCGGACAAGAUGUGGAGGACUGAUGAGUGCGGCUUUUAUUAUUAUUAUUAUUAUUAUUAUUAUUAUUAUUAUUAUAAUUAUUAUUAUUAUUAUUUCCUUUUUUGUUUUCUUGAUUUACAAUUGGAUUUAUGGCGUCAAAGGAAUGGUCCUGUACCAUUUUGUACUCCAUAUAUAAUAUUUAUAUUUUAACGAUCCCUCAACCAACCACUUCAAGAUUUUAAAAAAUAAAAUAAAAAUGAAAUUGCACUCGCAUAGAUUAUACUUGAUACAUUCCCAGUCGGUCCAUAAGAGAGGUUUGAUGUGUGGCCAAAACUGUAAAUGAAAGUGUCAGUGCAAAGUUUACUCUCAAUAAAAACAACUGAAAGUC